AUGGCGGAAGCACUCGGCGUUGCAUCCAGCGUCAUUGCUGUGGUCGAAUUAUCUGAAAAAGUAUUUUCCCUAUGCCUAAAAUACGUCGACAAGGUGAAGAACGCCAAGAAUGAUAUUCAAAGACUAUGCAAAGAAGUUGUCACUUUUUUGACUACCACCAGAGAGCUCCAGGCUCUCGUUGAAGGACCUCGUGGCAAUGAGUUGAAAGCAUCGCAACACUUGAAGUCUGCGAUAGAAGACAGCCGCUUGAGGCUGGAAAUCCUCGAGAAACAGCUUCAGCUUUCGACUGGUCGAAAUGGGAUGGGCCUUUUUGCUAUAAGCGCACACAAAUGGGCAUUUAAAAGCAAAGAGGUUAAGGAAACCAUUGAGGAUCUCGAACGUUGCAGAGGCACUAUUUCUUCAGCGUUGACUAUCGAUCAGACCACGAUCCUCCAGAACGUGAAUGACCGAACUACGCUUAACCAAUUACCCAUUGCACACGGUGCCUCUUUUGACUCCAAGGCAGGAGAACACAACCCGACAUGCUUGCCUGAUACACGUGAGGAGCUUCUCAAAGAAAUAGACUGCUGGAUCGACAACCCCACGUCCAAGACGAUCUUCUGGCUUAAUGGCAUGGCGGGAACUGGAAAGUCGACUAUCUCGCGGACUGUUGCACAUUCACGAUCAAAGCGGGGUGAUCUUGGUGCCAGCUUUUUCUUCAAGAGGGGAGAGAGGGACAGAGACAACCUCAACAAAGUGAUGUCUACUCUAGCCUAUCAACUGGCUUUUGACAUUCAAGGAGCUGCUAUCUUCAUCAAGAAGACUCUUGAUGACAAUCCGGCCAUUGUGGGAAAGUCGACAAGAGAGCAGUUCCAAAAACUCAUCCAAGAACCGCUAUCUGAGGCAGCAGCGGUGGCGAAAGCGACGUCCCCAGUUGUGGUAGUGAUCGACGCGUUGGACGAGUGUGAUCAAGAGGCUGAUAUUAGGUUGCUGAUAAAUAUUCUCUCGCAAGCCAAAACUCCGCUUCCUCACCUCAGGGUGUUCUUAACGAGCAGGCCAGAGCUUCCCAUUCGGUUGGGAUUUAGUCAGGUGCAGGGCUCCUAUCAGAACUUAGUUCUACAUGACAUCCCACCACAUAUUGUCAAGCACGAUAUAGUUGUGUUCUUGAAUGCCGAGUUUGAGAAGAUCCGAGACGAUUUCAACAUGACUGUCAGCGACGAAAGGAAGCUGCCUUCGGAUUGGCCAGGCCACCCAAUUGUACAGAGUCUCGCGCAGAUGGCUGUACCGCUCUUUAUCUUCGCAGCGACCGUUUGUCGUUUUGUUGGCGAUCGGAACCGCAAUAGCCCUUCGAUACAGCUGCGUAAGGUUCUAGACUACCAGAGUAAAGGUCAUGUUUCUCAAUUAGACCUGACGUACGGGCCGGUCCUACGCUCAUUCAUUACUGGCGUUUCGGGAGACGAUAAAAAGCAGAUUAUCAAUAACUUCAAGAUGAUAAUUGGCGGUAUAGUAAUGCUUGCAGAUCCUCUUUCAGCUAGGGCCUUGUCACAACUGCUUAAAGUCGAUCCCGAGGUCGUAGAUAACAGACUGGACACACUCCAUUCGGUUCUCAACAUCCCGCCGACACGGAACGCGCCCGUACGACUACUGCAUCUAUCUUUUCGAGACUAUUUAAUUAAAGAGAAAAGCGAGUUCCAAGUAGAUGAGAGAUGUACUCACCAAAUGUUAGCGAAACACUGCUUGCGCAUUAUGCGCGGUGCGCUGCGGAAGAACAUAUGCGGCCUAUCUUUUCCCGGUAUGCGUCGAUCUGCAGUCGACCUUGAGCAACUGGAGAAAAGUAUGCCUUCACAAGUCCAAUAUGCUUGCAUGCACUGGGCUUAUCAUCAGACCGAGGGUGACUCCAGGCCAAACGAUGAUAAGGAAAUUUAUGACUUUUUGACGACAAAGUUUCUGCAUUGGGUGGAAGCGAUGAGUCUACUGGGGCGAGCCAAGGAAUGCCUGGACUCACUUAGGUUACUAGCCCGAUGGGUAGAGAACCAAAAAGACUCGAGGCUGUCGACUUUUGUGGCGGAUGCAGUGCGGUUUGUUCAGAUCUACUUUUCCGUAAUAGCCGAAGCGCCGCUGCAGAUUUAUUGUUGUCUGGCUUUUACACCAAGCAAGAGUGUUGUGCGAAUGAGAUUUGAAUAUGCUAUUCCGAGAUGGAUAAGCGCGUUGCCGAAGGUUGAGGCAAACUGGGAUGCGUGCUUGUUGACUCUAGAGGGCCAUAGCAGCUGGGUCAACUCGGUGGUGUUCUCGCACGACUCGAAAAAGGUGGCAUCAGGCUCUCAUGACAAGACGAUACGGAUCUGGGAUGCCGAGACGGGCGAGUGCGAGCGAGAGCUGAAGGGCCAUACCGGCCAUAUCUACUCGGUGGUGUUCUCGCACGACUCGAAAAAGGUGGCAUCAGGCUCUGAUGACAAGACGAUACGGAUCUGGGAUGUCGAGACGGGCGAGUGCGAGCGAGAGCUAGAGGGCGAUACCGGCCAUAUCUACUCGGUGGUGUUAUCGCACGACUCGAAAAAGGUGGCAUCAGGCUCUGAUGACAAGACGAUACGGAUCUGGGAUGCCGAGACGGGCGAGUGCGAGCGAGAGCUGAAGGGCCAUACCAGCUAUAUCUACUCGGUGGUGUUCUCGCACGACUCGAAAAAGGUGGCAUCGGGCUCUCAUGACGAGACGAUACGGAUCUGGGAUGUCGAGACGGGCGAGUGCGAGCGAGAGCUAGAGGGCGAUACCGACUGGGUCAGCCCGGUGGUGUUCUCGCACGACUCGAAAAAGGUGGCAUCAGGCUCUUAUGACAAGACGAUACGGAUCUGGGAUGCCGAGACGGGCGGGUGCGCUUGCGAGCCAGACGACGACUAUACCGACGAUGUCUACUCUGUGGUGUUCUCGCAUGACUCGAAAAAGGUGGCAUUAGGCUCUGUUGACGGGAUGAUACCGAUCUGGGAUGCUGAGACGGGCGAGUGCGAGCAAGAGCUGAAGGGCCAUACCGGCCAUAUCAACUCGGUGGUGUUCUCGCACGACUCGAAAAAGGUGGCAUCAGGCUGUUGUGACGGGAUGAUACGGAUCUGGGAUGCCGAGACGGGCGAGUGCGAGCGAGUGCUAGGGGGCCAUGCCGAGUGGGUCACCUCGAUGGUGUUGUCGCAUGACUGGAAAAAGGUGGUAUUAGGCUAUUAUGACGGGAUGAUACGGACCUGGGAUGUCGAGACGGGCGAGUGCGAGCGAGAGCUGAAGGGCCAUACCGGCCAUAUCUACUCGGUGGUGUUCUCGCACGACUCGAAAAAGGUGGCAUCAGGCUCUGAUGACAAGACGAUACGGAUCUGGGAUGCCGAGACGGGCGAGUGCGAGCGAGUGCUGAAGGGCCAUACCGGCCAUAUCUACUCGGUGGUGUUAUCGCACGACUCGAAAAAGGUGGCAUCAGGCUCUGAUGACAAGACGAUACGGAUCUGGGAUGCCGAGACGGGCGAGUGCGAGCGAGAGCUGAAGGGCCAUACCAACUGCGUCAACUCGAUGGUGUUCUCGCACGACUCGAAAAAGGUGGCAUCAGGCUCUGGUGACAAGACGAUACGGAUCUGGGAUGCCGAGGCGGGCGAGUGCGAAGACCUCGUAUCAUUGCAUGUCUAUGCAGGUGUUCUAUCUUUUACGCUUGAUGGGCGUGGCAUUGUCACAGACUGUGGUACAUUUCCCCUGACAUGCAGCUCACAAUCUCGCCCCGGUUCUGCUAUGCCGUGGCAAUCUUCGCAUGCCCCGAUGCUUGCCUGCACAGACAGCACCUGGGUCACAGCGGCCGGAAAGGACUUACUCUGGCUGCCUCCCGAAUGCCGCGGCGGAAAAGUAGCUGUUUCGGGAAGCAGAGUUGUGAUAAAUUGCCUAUCAGGAAGAGUCUUGGUAUUGGGGAUUUCUAUGGCGGACAUGGAGCAGUGGAUGGAUACAACUACUGAGAAUAUGAGGGCGUACUAA